UUAAGUUUGUGGUGAUGUUGUAGCUAUCUUUUUGCAGGUUAAAGUUCUGCGACUCUUGAGAAUGCUCGGUAAAGACGAGGAAUCAGUUAGUGAGCAGAUGAAUGAUGUCUUGGCUCAGGUUGCAACAAACACAGAAACUAGUAAAAAUGUUGGAAAUGCCAUCCUGUAUGAGACAGUUCUAACCAUAAUGGAUACAAAAUCUGAGAGUGGCCUCAGGGUUUUAGCAAUCAAUAUUUUAGGACGCUUUCUUUUAAACAAUGACAAAAAUAUAAGAUAUGUUGCUCUGAACACACUUUUAAAGACGGUGCAUGCAGACUACAAUGCUGUUCAGAGACAUCGUACUACAAUUCUAGACUGCCUGAAGGAUCCUGAUAUCUCUAUCAGAAGGCGAGCUAUGGAGUUGUCCUUUGCUCUGGUAAACUCUAGUAACAUUCGUGGCAUGAUGAAGGAACUACUGACCUUCCUGGUCAAGGCUGAUUUGGAGUUCAAGUCCUACGUCACCUCAGAAAUUUUCUUAGCAGCUGAAAAGUAUUCUCCAAACAAGAGAUGGCACAUUGACACCAUGAUGAAAGUUCUUACUACAGCUGGAAAUUUUGUUCGUGAUGAUGCGGUACCAAGCCUGAUCCAUCUAGUGUCAACAUCCAGUGAGCUGCAAGCUUAUGCUGUCCAACGGCUGUUUAAGGCCAUGCAAAACGACAUAAGCCAGCAACCAAUGGUCCAGGUAGGUUCCUGGUGCUGUGGAGAGUAUGGCGAUCAGUUAUUUGUCGAAAAUGAAGAGGAUGAAUCUCUCAAUCUCACUGAGAAUGAUGUCCUUGAUGUACUCGAGAGCGUGCUCUACAGCUCACAUUCUACGCCUGCCACAAAGAAUUAUGCAUUGAAUGCUGUCAUGAAACUUAGUACACGCUUUACUGCUACUAUGGAGCGGAUUAAGAAUGUUAUCAACCAAUUUGAAGUGAAUAUGGAUGUUGAACUGCAGCAAAGAGGUGUGGAGUUUGGUUCUCUCUUCAAUAAACAUGACAGUAUGAGAUCUGCUCUGCUGGAGAAGAUGCCUGUCAUGGAAUCUAAACUCUCUCCUGAGCCAGUCACAAAUGGAGAAGUGCCAUCACAACCAGAGGUGGAAACAAAACAAGCUGUGGUGGAACAGAAACCUCCUAAACAAGGGUCUGAAACCCUGUUGGAUCUACUUGGAGGAGGCCCGACACCAGAACCCGCACCCGCCCCAGUCCAACCUCCGGCUCCAGCGGCCUCAUCAGGCGGGGACCUCUUAGAUUUAUUAGGGGAUCUGGACCUAGGCUCAACAAAUGCAGGUCCUCCUCCCAUGAACAUGAUGGCGCCGUCACCAGCAGUUCCUAACUUGUUAGAUGGUGGGGGACUGCUGAAUCCAGCUCCAUCUGGAAUGCCGGCUCAGCUUCAGCUCAAUCAUGAACCGAUCGCUCCUCAGAAUCAAACUCCAAACUUCUCUUCUGGUUUUCCGUCCAUAACAGCCUUCGAAAACAAUGGUUUAAAGAUAAACUUUGGGUUUGAAAAAGUUCCUGGUAAUCCGUCUAACGUAGUGUCGAUCAUGAUGACGGCUACAAACUCGCUCGCUCAACCCAUGACUGACUUUGUGUUCCAAGCAGCAGUACCUAAGACAUUUCAGUUACAGCUUCAAAGCCCGUCUGGUAAUGUUGUACCACCCAACAAUUCAGGCGCUAUUAAUCAAGAAGUCAAAGUAGCGAACCCUCAACAGCAACCAUUACGUAUGAGAAUAAAAGUGAUGUACAAGGUGAACGGAGCUCCCGUCAACGAACAAGGAGAGGUGAACAGCUUCCCCCCCGGACUCUGACGAGCAACCGUCCACCGCCAGACAGGAUUAUAUGUAGAAAUUAUAUUUUGUACGGUAAAUGCUUAUCGAUGUGUAUUCGGCAAUCAUAGGUCUGGCUGUCUGUAGAUUUGUAGAGCUUACACUGUAAGGACUGUAGGGAGUCGACGGAGAAGCGCGGUAAGGAAGGCUUGCCAUUGAUAAAUGACAGAUGUUCAAAUUCUCCCAACUAAUACUGUAAAGAAUGUAUGGGGAUUAGGAAAGGAGAAUUUAUGUGUUGACAUCAGGACCUUAAAAACCAAGUACAGGUUGAAAGUAGCGUUGGUGAUUGUCAAACGAUAUGAUUUCAUGGUACUUCACCAUGUUGCAGUAAAUGUCGACGGCGCUCGAGUCUAAUCAUGGAGACUGUUGUAGCGCUGUCUUGUUCCGUACCUCUACAGAAGUUAGCGUACCGGUUUAUUCCUACUCCUUACACAAAUCACUUUACCCGAGGGGUAUGGGAAGUUUUCCAUGUUCUGAUGCGAACUUCCCCCACCCCUUGCAAUUCAAACGCUUUCACAGCUAUGUGAAAUCAUGUUACUGAGGAGGACUUCUUAGGAGGAAGCUGUCUGGUGGGGGUGGGGGGAUAGGGGGAAUUGAGCGGCUCCGUACGAAAAGUAGUUAGUCUACAGCCAGACCGUAAUGGUUGCUGCUUAUAAUUAGAUGACUAGCAGAGAGAAAGAUAGAAAGAAAAAGCAAGUACACAACAAAGAAAUCGGACAAUUGUAAUUUGAAAAGGAAAAAAUAGUAAUUCCAAAAUGAUGCUUGAAUACUCAUUAAAUGUUUCCGACCACUACAAGGCACACGCGUUGUAUUUUACGGUAAUGUACAAGUUGUGUAUUUGGCGCACUGGACAAUUCAUUCGGCUGAAAAUGCGCAUUCACUGGUUAUUCAUAGCCAUUUAUUCCGUCUCUAGAGUUGUGUGAUAGAUAGUAAAAUGGCUUCCUGACGACCGUUUAAAACUGAAUCCAAAAAAACAUGUGCAUAUGCCGCUUGGUUUGGUCUUCGAUUACUGUUCAGACGCAAUCCCCAUAGCAAGUGAAUGCUUCCACAAGAGGCGGAAAAUUCUGCGUGUGUCUUAAGUAUAGACUAGGAAAACAUAAAUUAGGUGGGUAGAGCCGAGAAAGGUUUGUGUCCAGUGGUCAUGAGAUACAAAUGUAAAAUUGUAGCGCACACGCACAGGUUACUACUUACGUUGGAACUUGAAGAUGACCAUGUAGUCCACAAAGAUCCAGCCGUUUGAUUUCGUGUUACAAUUUCGUGCGAAAUGAAAUUAGUGAUAGCCACUGUUUUGUCUGAAGUUCAUUUCAAGACGUUAUAAAGCCAAGGUAAAUCUUAAGAUAGCGAUUAAUUCGCAGGCAAAAUAUGUCGGUUAGAUUAACCGUCUUGCAGUGGAAGGACUGCGGGUGAUUUUUUAAGUACAGGAUAAUUUUACCGCACAGGUUUCAUGUUUUGGUUCUUGCCAGGCAAG